AGCCACGCCCACCCGCUCCUACCUGCCCUGAACAAGGAAGUGGACGAAGAAGCGUCGUGUUUUCUGUUCGUUUCAAAUCAAAGUUACAGAAACUGAAACAGACGGAAUCAGUGAAAAGACUGAAACAUGUAGUGACGUAGAUGAAGAUACAGACGCUGUUUUCAUCCGAGGUUUGUCUUUUCCCGGCGACAUGUCCUCAUGUCAGAGCCCGUCACACCUGCUCCUGUCACACCUGCUCCUCGCCGCCCUGAUGCUGCUCCUCGCCGGCCGCACGGCGGCGGUGGGUCAGAACCGCUCGCAGGCCGAGGACCUGGUGGUGAAGGAGGGGUCGGUCACGCUGCUUGAGUGCAACGUGACCGAGGGCCACGCUGACGUCAAGUGGUACAACUCCAGAGGAGCGCUGCUGCUGGACGAGGGGCCAGGUGGGAAGUGGCAGAUCCAGGAGAACGGCGUCCUGAACAUCAGCUCCGUCUCCUUCGAGGACCGUGGCCACUACACCUGCGUCGCCCCCGGUGACGGGGGCGGGACCAGGAACUACACGGUCACGCUGCGGGUUGCCUACACCGACAGCGGCCUGGGCCUGUACUAUGUCAUCGUCUGCCUCGUGACCUUCACCAUCACCAUGAUCCUCAACGUGGCGCGGCUGCUCAUGGUCGGCAGCCACCUCAAGAAGACGGAGCGGGCCAUCAACGAGUUUUUCCGCACCGAGGGCGCCGAGAAGCUGCAGAAGGCCUUCGAGGUCGCCAAGCGCAUCCCCAUCAUCACAUCGGCCAAGACGCUGGAGCUCGCCAAGGUCACGCAGUACAAGACCAUGGAGUUCGCCCGCCACAUGGAGGAGCUGGCGCGGAGCGUCCCGCUGCCGCCGCUCAUCCUGAACUGUCGGAUGUCCCCAGAGGAGGGAGUGGAGACGGCGAACUCCGUGUCCGAGCUACCUGGGAACCGCCCAGCGAUAGGCCCGCCCCCCUCCAACAGACAGGAAGAGGAGCAGGAAGUGAGCCGGGCGCUGCUGUCGAGUGAGCGGCGAGCGAGCGACGCAGGCGGCGUUGACGUCACGGUGUCCGUCCACACCGUUUCUGAGAAGUAGAUCCUCGCACCAGCAUCACGGAGCCUCUUCUGAAGGGGAAGAUGAAGAAAUCAUGAAAAUGUUCUGGUUGUUGGUUGAAGGAUAUUUUGGCUUUUUUAUUUUAUUCUGCUCAUCGAUUCCUGUUUUUUUCUUUUUUUAUCUUGCUGCAAAAUCUUGUCUCUGUUUUACAUAUUGGUCAUCGUCACCUUCACCAGGGAGCUUCUCUUUUUAAAUAGUGAAAUAUUGUGGCGUUUUGUCACAUUGUCACAGAUUUUCCAGGGGAUUUUCCAUGGAUCUUGAUGAUAAGGAGAAAUCAGACGUAUCUUGAGGGCUGAUGUGUCUGAGUGUCUGGUCGGUGUGGUUUUGAUUUCAGGGGCCUGUUGAGCUUCCGCGGAGGAAAACGACGUUCCACUUUGAUCCAGGACUUAAUGACUACAUCUCAAAAUAUUGCUUUUCUAAUACCUGCCGAGUCGUGCGCCGCCUCCGUCCUGCGUGAAGCUUUGUUCAUGCGGUGGUGAUAUUUUUCUGUCUCUAAUAGUCUGUGUCAAGCUGCUCCGACGGUUUUCAUCCAUCUGUCGUUCCUCUGUGAUUUUAAAGAAGCACAAAUGAGCCAGGGAGAUUUUCCAGAGCCACACGGCAUCGAGACGGCUCACAAUUCUGUUUCCUCUCGCCGUAAUUAUGAUUUAUGAUUACUUGUGGGUUCCAGUUAUUUUUUGUCUGAUUUGAUGAAAAAUGUCUGAAAUCAUGAUCAUAGACACACGAGUGUUGCUGUCCCACUUCAUGACGUGUGGAUAUUGAGUCUGUUUUGUGUGAAGUGUCAAAGAGAAGCGAUUCAUCUGUUCUGAUCCCGUUAAAACAGAAUGAAUGGUUCUGAUAGAACCAAGAUGUUUGGAGUUUCAACUGAAUCUUCAUGUUUCCUCGUACUCGUUUCUGUCGUCGCUGUGUGAAACACUUUCAAACUUUAAGGUGUUUAGAAGUUGUUGUUUUUUAAAAUUCUUCUCAGGGACAAAAAAUCGUGUAUUUUUUAUUUUUGACUACUGACCUAAUAAAAUGAAUAUUGAAAACAAUAAAUAAAAACAAAAAGUUCAGCUCUUUA